UGUUGCGUUGGUCGUGACGAGCGGCCCGCCCUCAGCGAGGCCAACCACGUACGGCAAGCAGAAUAUGACACACACGACCAGCAGCUUUUUUACUUAAAGGGGUUGAGAAACCAUAUGCGAACUUUUGUGUAAAUCACGUCCUACACAUUGUAUCGUGCGUACUGAACACGUAUAUCAAACGCUAUCGUUCAGCGAUGCCCCGUCACGAAGUUAUUGCACUCCGCAUGUUACGAGCGGCGCGGGCUCUUGUAUCCCUCUCGGCUCUCCACCUCCUUGCCAGUUUUUCUGGUGACGUAAAAGGUGAAACUAGGGAAGUAAGCGGUUCGCCGUUGCCAUGACGAUGUGGACGCUACUAAUGAGGGAGGAGUUCCCGUUUCCACGGCAACGUCGGCGCUUGUGCGGUCAGGGUCGGAGAUCGCCGUCGGAGGACUGCUUUCGUUUUACGCGCACAGGGACCGGCAAUCGCUGUCAGAACUCGAAAACAGACUUAUUCGCCUCAGCCAAGAGUUUGGUAUGAGGCCAUAUGAGGAUGAACCACUUCGAGAAAGUGCAGGCGACCUGUCGGAGUCUCUGUCAGAAGACGACGACGAGGACGACGAAAGGAGUCUCUCUGGUGUCUCCGCGGUGUCGUCGGACGGUUCGGCACCUAUGAAUCAUGGCUGGUGUCAGUGCCUUAGGUGCGUAAUCAUGCCGACUGUGCAAGAAUGCGUGUGCUGCCAAGAUUACACCGAGGUGCAACAAAAGCAACCAAAAGGAUGCAUAACGCAACACAACUACUUCGGCGUAUUAUGCCUAGACACGGAAGUGCUUUCUGUGGCACUCUGCGAGCCACUCGACACGAAUGCAUCAAUGUCACUGGAGAAACAAUACAAAAGGUUUCGCUUUGCUGCCUAUAGGCAGUUUACACGCUGGAUCUGGGGAUACCUGGGACCAGAUAACCGAAAAAUCCUCCCAGCCUGUGCUGUCACAGCCAUUAGAAGGGCAUUCCCCUCUACGUCCUACACAGGCUUCAAAAGUUCGAAUUCCUGAGUCUAGAUUACUUGCAAAAUAAUAAAUAAAAAUUGUAUCAA